AUGCAGGUGGCUGCGCCCGAGUUUUCGAGUCUGCACGUUGGCAGCGGCCACUGGAACGCCGACGACCAGGCGCUGCUGGAUAUACUGCUCUUGGCCGAUCCACUCGAGACGCCGUCGCCUGCGCGGCCGGAAGUAACGGCAGCGUGGGGAAAAGGAGCGCGUGGGCAGGACGAUGCACUGAAGAGCAAACUGUCGGCCGUCGAGCGCCGCGUGCGGCAUCGGGAGGUCGUGAAGCGCGCGUACCACCGCAAUAAGGCUGCGCUCAAGGGCUUGCGCGACAAAGUAUCGGACCUCGAGCGGCAUUUGGAGACGCUGUCGCUGUCCAAGCAGAAGCCCGAGACGGUCGUUGCGGACCACGUGCAGCAUCGGCACUAUGCAGAGCUCAUUUCCGAGCAAGAGGAGCUGGUCAAGGAGACUGCAAAGCUGCAGCUGUUGCUCGACUGCCGGCACCAAUUUGCGGCGGAUCUCGAGGCAAUGGCUCACUGCGCGACGGCCAAUUCGCUCGACGAGUCGGACAUGUCGGACUCGGACACGGCAACGACGUCGUCGACUGCGUCGAUGGCUACACUGUCGCCGUCGUCGUCGCCUGUGCACUGUAAUAGUACCUCGAGCCGACCACUGACGACGGUCGCAAGCGGUUGUGGGGUGUCCCCCCUGAGUACGAAACACAAGACCAAGCCGUCGUUCUACAGUGAGCCACGGCCGACCUUGGCGGGUCCGACGGUGACGAGCAAGGCGCCAUUGGCAGUGGCUCUACGGAAGCAGCUGGGCUACAAGCCACUGAGCGCUCGCGAGUCAACGGCACUGGUGAACGAGAUCUACCGCUCCGUGCUGUCGUUCUCGUUGAGCGGCAAGGCGAUAAGCACGGGCGUCAGUAUCAUGGGCUGGACGGACAAACGGCUGCUGGACGGCACGAAGCUCAAGUUUUCACUGCGCAAGCAGUUUGCUGGACACAACGCGUUGCACCUGAUGACAAGCACGUGGCAGUGUUUCUCGGACCCAGAGUGCACAGAGGCCAAGUUCCACGGCCUCAUGACGCUGCGUAUCCUGCAGCGCGUGGACGAUGACACGAUCGUAGCGUUGCGCGAGACACAGGGCGAAGACGGCGUGAAGCUCUAUCGAUGUGUGUAUUUAUUGUUCCGCGUACGCACUCGGAAGGGGUUUCUCAUUUGUGUGCAGUCGGUUGCACCCGAACGCCUCACCGACCCCUCGUUGGCUCGUGUCAGCCGAGAUGGCAAACUCGUGCAGUGGACCGAGCUAUCCGGUUGGUUUGUCUUCGAGCCUGCCAGUGAUUGUGGAGAAAACAGUGGCCCGUUCUUCCAGGAAGGCGCACGGGUCGAGUACGGCGGGUGCAUGGACAACGGCGACCACGAAUCGGUCGCGUCGCUUGCGAUGAACACGUUGUCCAUUGUGUUCAAGUGGGAAAGUAUGAUGGUUGGUCCGACCUUUACCCUGCCGUCGUCAAUGUCGUGGUGA